AUGCCGGCCGGCUUCAAUCAACGUGCGAUUCAGGAGUACCUUGAGUCCCGCUGGGGGCUUACAGAGCCCCACGCUACUAUUCCCCUUUGCUUUGCAACCACAUUGGAACCCGCGAGACGACUAGCAACACCAGUCGAAGCCCACUCAUAUCUUGACAACUUGGUGAAAAGGUAUGCUGCCUUUCAUGGUAUCUCUUUGAUACCCGUGAAUGAUAGUAGCGAGCGCCGUGGGGCUGUCGCUGCACGAAUGGUAGAGGUGGCCAAUCUCGAUGAACUCAACCAGAAGCACAAGAAACUAUAUCGCGCACAGCUAAACUCAUUAUCGGAGUACCUUGAUGUUGACUUGCCCGCUUCUGAGCAGCGUGCUGUAGAGUCGGAAACUCGCGCAUCAGACCUCGAACAGACGGUACGUUUACUCGAUGCAGAACUUGGCGAGCAAUUUAUCCAGGGUAUUGCACCCAUAUUCAACAUUUCACAGUCUCGCAAAUAUGACUGUUGGUGGAACUGGUGCCGCGAGGAACUGAUCCGACUCUUGAUCCAAAUUUCCCAGGACCCAUCCAGUGCUUGUCAUCCCGGAAUGGAAGACCGCAUCCAGAGGCUUCUCAAUCGAUGGCACUCAAGUUGUGCGGACAUUGUGCAAGCCUACUUACAAGGGCUUCGCACCUCUCUUGCUGCGCCAGUGACCAUAAUUCAACCCACCUUUGAGGAGAUCAUUUCGUUAGGUACCCAGUCUCUCACACUCGACCCUCUAUUUGUCUAUAUCCUACCUGCUCUACGGCCUCGGACCACGAUCACGAACACAGGCCAGCUGGAAUACCAAGAGACUCCGCGACACAUCGAAUACUAUCCUGAUGCGGUCCGUGACUUGCCGAAUUUCGAUGAUCAUCCCACAAAAGGCCCAUUUGUUCAUAUCAAAACACGAGGGAGGGGCAAAGAUUGGGAAUACGACCCCAAUGCCACCAGUCUUUACCACACGAUGUUGGAUGUAGGUGUAGCAGCCGGGCUCACGUACGCCAACAAAGCAGUACUGGUAACCGGAGCAGGGCCGAGCUCGAUCGCGGCCGAAAUAAUCAAGGGUCUUCUCAGCGGCGGCGCCAGUGUUGUUGUGACCACAAGCAGACCUCUAUCAGAGGCGGCGUCAUUUUAUCAGUGGAUGUAUCGCCAUUAUGGAGCACGGAAUUCUUCCCUCGUGGUUCUCCCGGUGAAUCAAGCAAGUAGCCAGGACUGUGAGGCCUUGAUACAGCAUAUAUAUGGGCCCGAUUCACCUACUGGAGGAGACCUGGACUACAUUAUUCCAUUUGCAGCUAGCCCUCAGACUGGAGAGCCAGAAGCACUAGGUGGUCGGCAAGAAUUGGCACUCAGGGCCAUGCUCGUGAACGUCUUGCGACUAAUCGGCUUUGUGCGCCGAGAAAAGGAGCGCCGGCGUGUUGAGACCAGACCGACAAUGGUUGUGCUGCCCAUGUCAUGCAACGAGGGAACUUUUGGUGGCGACGGUCUGUACUCCGAGUCAAAAAUCGGGUUGAAAGCGCUCUUCAACCGGUUUCAUUCGGAGAGCUGGUCUAGGUACCUGACCAUAUGCGGGGCGGUAAUUGGUUGGACCAGAGGUACAACGAUUAUGCGGUCUUCCAACAUGGUGGCAGAGGAGGUCGAAAAGUUGGGAGUCAUGACUUUUACGCAGAUGGAGAUGGCAUUCAACAUUCUGGCGUUGAUGACACCGGCCCUCACCGUGCUGGCGGAAGAUGCACCCAUAUAUGCUGAUUUGACUGGUGGAUUGGGCUCGCGGUGGCAAAUCAAGGAGCAAAUUGCGGGAGCUCGCAAAAGGAUCUCUGACAAGCAGAAACUGGCAGCCUCCAUAGCAGAAGAGGACUCACGUCACGAAGCGAUGGUUAACAAUCCAGGACCUCCGGUAACCGAAGCCCCGAGGGUGAAAACCCGACGAGCGAGGCUCCGGCUACCAUUUCCGCAUUUACGCGAUAUGGAUGCGAGUUGCCCAGACCUGCAAGGAAUGAUAGAUCUUUCUCGAGUUCCAGUUAUAGUGGGAUAUUCCGAAUUAGGGCCAUGGGGCAACACUCGUACGAGGUGGGAGAUGGAACAUCAAGGGGAGUUCAGCUUGGAAGGCUAUAUCGAGAUGGCCUGGAUCAUGGGACUGAUACAGCACGUCGAUGGACAAAUUAAGGGCGAACCAUAUGUCGGGUGGGUAGACGCUGACACUCAAACUCCCCUUCGUGAUGAUGAGGUGCCUGCAAAGUAUCACGACCAUAUCAUGGCCGGGUCCGGGCUGCGCCUGAUCAAGCCUACCGACAAAGACAGCUAUGAUCCUUCACGAAAAGAGUUCCUACAUGAAGUCGCCGUGGAAGGGGACCUGCCUCCAUUUGAAGCUCCAAAGUCUGUCGCCGAGGCAUUCAAGUUACGGCAAGGCGACUUCGUCAGGCUGACUCCCAUUUCAAACUCUGAUAAUUAUCGCGUUCACAUCAGAAAAGGGGCAAUUUUAAUGAUUCCCAAAACGAUCCCAUUCGACCAGGUAGUCGCAGGGAGGAUUCCGGACGGAUGGAAUCCUGAUAAAUAUGGAAUCCCUGAGGAUAUUGUGCAGCAGGUAGAUGUGACGACCCUAUAUGCCCUCUGCUGUGUGUCAGAAGCGUUUCUAUCUGCUGGUAUCAAAGAUCCCUACGAGAUAUAUCAGCAUAUUCAUGUUUCCGAACUGGUAAACUGCCUUGGUUCCGGGGGUGGGCCCAUGAAUGUCAUCCAGAGUAUGUAUCGCGACCGCUUUUUGGAUCGUCAAUUGAAAGGCGAUCUCAUCUUAGAGCAUUUUGUGAAUUCCAUGGGAGCGUGGGUGAAUAUGCUCCUCCUGUCAGCUACAGGGCCACUCAAAACGCCAGUUGGAGCAUGCGCAACAGCUCUUGAAUCCCUGGAUAUCGGAUGUGAGGCGAUCCAGACGGGAAAGUGGAAGAUGGCCAUUGUUGGUGGUUGCGAUGACUAUGGCGAAGAGCUCGCAUAUGAAUUCGCAAGUAUUAACGCCACGGCAAACAGCACCAAGGAGCUUGCCAGAGGAAGAACGCCAGCCGAAAUUUCUCGUCCGACAGCAAGUUCCAGAAGUGGCUUUGCUGAAUCGGCAGGGUGUGGCGUGCAGAUACUUAUGAGUGCGGAGCUUGCGAUUGAGAUGGGUUUGCCCAUCUAUGGGGUCGUCGCGUAUACUCAAAUGGCCAGCGACCAAAUCGGCCGUUCUAUCCCAGCUCCGGGUAAGGGAAUUCUGACCGCGGCCCGUGAAACCAGGCAAGCAAAAAUUUCACCUUUGCUCGACUUGAACUUUAGGCAAGAGGCAUUCAACGAAGAUUUUGCAAAUAUCAGCAAACGUCUGCAACAGUCAACAGUCGACACGGCAGUUUCAGCGGGCACGACAGGAGGGCAUGCCGCCAAUCUGAGGAUCCGUGAUGCUCAGCGCCGCUGGGGAAACGAUAUACGGCUAGUAGAGCCCUCGAUAUCACCAAUCAGGGCGAGCCUUGCCACUUGGGGACUCACAGUUGACGAUAUCAGUGUAGCAUCCAUGCACGGAACGUCGACCAAGGCAAAUGAAGUCAAUGAGGGAGAUGUCAUCAACACACAGAUGGAACAUCUAGGUCGUCGAAAGGGAAACCCACUGCUCUGCGUUUGCCAGAAAUCUCUAACAGGGCAUCCAAAAGCCGGUGCCGGAGCAUGGCAACUGAAUGGUUGUCUUCAAAUGCUGCAAGAAGGCAUAGUUCCUGGAAACAGAAACGCAGACAAUAUCGACAGAGAGUUGCGGCAGUUCGAUCACCUGGUAUACCCCAUGGAGUCCAUCAAAGUGUCCGAGGUCAAAGCCACGCUACUCACAUCAUUUGGUUUCGGUCAGAAGGGGGCUCUCACGAUCACCGUCUCGCCUAAAUAUCUUUUCGCGUCGCUUUCUGCCAUCGAAUAUCAAAGCUAUUGCGACAAAGUGACGAAAAGACAGCGAUCAGCAAUCCCGCAUUUCAUCUCUCGGCUCAUAAAAAACGACAUCGUGCGGGUCAAAAGCCAGCCGCCGUGGAACGACGCUGAGGCCAUGCGGGACUUCUUCCUAGAUCCUACUAGCCGCGUUGUUGACGGUAAGAUAACACACGCGGCACGCGCAGCGUACACAAGACCACAUCAUCUCUCUGAUAGUAAUCCUCCGAUCGCAGUUGUUGUACAGGAUAUGGUCAAAUCGUUCAAUCACCCUCCAGCCCCAACAACCGCUGUUGGCGUUGACGUCGAAGACAUAGUUAAUAUCAGCAUUGACGAUCCAGCCUUCAUUGACCGCAACUUCACUCUCAAUGAGCGCGAAUACUGUUUCGGAGCGCCUGAUCCUCGCGCCUCCUUCGCCGGCCGAUGGAGCGCCAAGGAAGCGGUGUUUAAGAGUCUGCGAACCUCGUCGGCUGGGGCGGCAGCAGCGAUGAGUGAGAUUGAAAUUCUCAGCUUCAUGGGAAUUCCGAGAGUUGUUCUGCAUGGUCAUGCGCAAGAGGUUGCAGCGUCGACCGGGAUCACCCACAUUGAAGUCACGAUCAGUCACUGCGAUCGGACGGCAAUUGCCGUGGCACUGGCGACCAGGAAGCACAGCGCUGGCUAG